UUUGUAAACCACCAAAAGCUUUAGAUUGGUUUGUUAUCAUACACAAACAAAAACCCCCACCACCACCAAAACCCAGCCAUGGAAAAAAAAGAGAAGAAGAAGAACAACAAGAAGCAGAAGCACCAACACCCAAAUGACCAAACCACCAAACCCACAUCAGAUUUCUCUUUCAAGCCUUGCUCCGACGUAAAGGGUCUCCGAUUCGGCGGCCAGUUCAUCGUAAAAUCAUUCACAAUCCGUCGUGCUAGGCCUCUUGAACUUUUACAGCUCCUUUCUUUUCCACCAACCAAUACCAAUACCAAUACCAAACCCCACAGCAAUAACAACAGCAAUAAACUCCCUUUUCCUUCGACCACAGCUUUCUUGCCCACAAACUUUACAAUCUUGGCACACCAUGCCUGGCACACCCUCACACUAGGCCUUGGCACCAAGAAAUCCAAAGUACUUCUAUUCGUUUUUGAAACUGAGUCCAUGAAGUCAGCUAUAGACCGUGUUUGGCCAUCGGAGAUACCACUUGGAGAAGUGAACAAGAGGCUCAUCAGAGGCUUGGCAGGGUCCGAGAUGGCUAGGUUCAAGUUCAGAAAAGGGUGCAUAACUUUUUAUGUGUACGCAGUCAGGAAAGUCGGAAGCAUGAGCUUUUCAUGCGCUGAUGAUCUCAGGAACAUACUACAGUCUGUGGUUGCACUCAAUGAUUUCUUGGAUCACACUGCAAUGCUUGCUAUGCCUAACCAAAGAAGCAUUAGCUAUGCCACUCCACCUCCUGUGGCCAUGGCUCACUAGGCAACAUUUUCUUUCUCUUUUCUUUCUUUUUAUUAUUUUUAUUUUUAUUGUUAUCAUCAGCUUGCUUAAAGAAUAUCAAUGCCAUCAUCAUCAUCUUCGUCAUCUUAUCUUAGGAAUUUUUUUUUUUUUUAAUAUAAUAAUUUUAGUUUGACUUUUUAAUGAUUUUUUCUUGGUUAUGAUUAUGAUGGGGGAUAGGUUUAUUUGUUGGAGAUCUUGUUUUUGUUUUCUUUUUUCUCUUUUUGAAAAAGAAACUGUAUUUUAGUAUGAAUAAAUUGGACCGACUUCUAUAUAUGACAGAGAAUUGUAUGCCUCUGUUCUUUUGCAGUGUGGCACAUGUUACAGGUUCAGUGAUUGUUAUCUUGAA